UAGCGGCGGCGGCGGCGCGGCCACAGCACCUUGCAGCCUCAGUGAAGAGAGGGCGGCCCGGCAGGACCGGCCCACACGGACUUGCGUACCCGACACCCUCCUGAGAAGCUCUUCCCUCGCCGCGUCCUCGUUUCCCGGGGUGCCCACGGCUGGCUGACAGCUUCGCAGUAUGAGGUGAAGCCGUGACGGACAGUUUCAGGUUUGAAAACACAAUGGCAGGAAACAGCCUUGUUCUACCCAUUGUUCUUUGGGGCCGAAAAGCACCAACACAUUGUAUCUCAACAGUACUUUUAACUGAUGAUGGGACCACGCUUGUAACAGGAUGCCAUGAUGGACAGAUAUGUCUUUGGGACCUUUCAGUAGAAUUAGAAGUUAAUCCUCGAGCACUGUUGUUUGGUCAUACAGCUUCAAUCACUUGUUUGUCUAAAGCUUGUUCUUCUAGUGACAAACAGUAUAUUGUCAGUGCAUCUGCAAGUGGGGAGAUGUGCCUGUGGGAUGUGAAUGAUGGCCGAUGUAUUGAAUUUACAAAAUUAGCUUGCACACAUACUGGCAUACAGUUCUACCAGUUCUCUGUUGGAAAUCAGCGUGAAGGAAGGCUUUUAUGCCAUGGACAUUAUCCUGAAAUACUCGUUGUGGAUGCUACCAGCCUUGAGGUGUUGUACUCCUUAGUCUCAAAGAUAUCACCUGACUGGAUUAGCUCCAUGAGUAUUAUUCGAUCCCACCGGACCCAAGAGGACACAGUGGUGGCACUCUCCGUGACAGGCAUAUUGAAGGUGUGGAUUGUUACCUCUGAAAUGAGUGGCAUGCCGGACACUGAGCCAAUAUUUGAGGAAGAAUCUAAACCAAUUUAUUGUCAGAAUUGCCAAAGCAUCUCUUUUUGUGCAUUCACACAAAGGUCACUUUUGGUUGUGUGCUCCAAAUAUUGGAGGGUAUUUGAUGCUGGAGACUAUUCCCUGUUAUGUUCAGGUCCUAGUGAAAAUGGACAAACAUGGACUGGAGGGGACUUUGUGUCAGCUGAUAAAGUGAUCAUCUGGACUGAAAAUGGGCAAAGCUAUAUUUACAAACUUCCUGCCAGUUGCCUUCCUGCUAGUGAUUCGUUUCGUAGUGAUGUGGGAAAAGCAGUUGAAAAUUUAAUUCCUCCAGUACAACAUAGCCUCUUGGAUAGAAAAGAUAAAGAGUUGCUUAUUUGUCCUCCUGUUACUCGGUUCUUCUAUGGAUGCAAGGAAUAUUUCCAUAAGCUAUUAAUUCAAGGUGAUUCUUCUGGAAGGUUAAAUAUUUGGAAUAUAUCAGACACUGCUGAUAAACAGGAAGGUGAAGAAGGGCUGAAAAUGACAACUUCUAUUAGUUUGCAAGAGGCAUUUGAUAAGCUGAAUCCUUGUCCUGCUGGAAUUAUAGAUCAGCUAAGUGUGAUUCCCAACAGUAAUGAGCCUCUUAAAGUAACUGCAAGUGUGUACAUCCCAGCACAUGGCCGCCUUGUUUGUGGCCGCGAAGAUGGAAGCAUAAUCAUUGUACCUGCCACACAGACGGCCAUUGUACAGCUACUGCAGGGAGAACACAUGCUUAGAAGAGGUUGGCCACCUCACAGAACACUUCGUGGUCAUCGGAACAAAGUCACAUGUUUGCUAUAUCCUCAUCAGGUCUCAGCUCGCUAUGAUCAAAGAUAUCUGAUAUCUGGAGGUGUGGAUUUUUCCGUCAUAAUUUGGGACAUAUUUUCUGGAGAAAUGAAACAUAUCUUCUGUGUUCAUGGUGGUGAGAUUACUCAACUUCUAGUUCCACCUGAAAACUGUAGUGCAAGAGUGCAGCACUGUGUCUGCUCUGUGGCCAGUGACCACUCAGUAGGACUUCUGAGUUUGCGAGAGAAAAAAUGCAUCAUGCUGGCCUCCCGCCACCUUUUCCCUAUUCAAGUAAUCAAGUGGAGGCCCUCUGAUGAUUACCUCGUAGUGGGAUGUUCAGAUGGCUCUGUGUAUGUCUGGCAAAUGGACACUGGUGCAUUGGAUCGUUGUGUGAUGGGGAUAACGGCUGUUGAGAUACUGAAUGCUUGUGAUGAGGCAGUUCCUGCUGCCGUAGAUUCACUUAGUCAUCCAGCCAUCAACCUCAAACAAGCUAUGACAAGACGUAGUCUUGCUGCCCUUAAAAAUAUGGCUCAUCAUAAGCUACAAACACUUGCUACUAACCUUUUGGCUUCUGAGGCAUCUGAUAAGGGGAAUUUACCUAAAUAUUCUCACAACUCCCUGAUGGUUCAAGCAAUAAAGACAAACUUAACAGACCCGGACAUACAUGUGCUUUUCUUUGAUGUGGAAGCGUUGAUUAUUCAACUCCUGACUGAGGAAGCCUCUAGGCCGAAUACUGCUCUUAUUUCCCCUGAGAAUUUGCAAAAAGCAUCUGGCAGUUCAGACAAAGGGGGCUCUUUUCUAACUGGAAAACGAGCAGCAGUUCUUUUCCAACAAGUGAAAGAAACUAUCAAGGAGAACAUAAAAGAACACCUACUGGAUGAGGAAGAGGAGGAUGAGGAGAUAUUGAGGCAAAGAAGGGAAGAAAGUGACCCUGAAUAUCGGGCCAGCAAAUCCAAGCCAUUAACCCUAUUAGAGUAUAAUUUAACUAUGGACACUGCGAAAUUGUUUAUGUCCUGCCUUCAUGCCUGGGGUUUAAAUGAAGUUUUGGAUGAAGUUUGUCUUGAUCGCCUUGGAAUGCUGAAACCACAUUGCUCAGUGUCAUUUGGCCUCUUAUCGAGAGGAGGUCAUAUGUCAUUGAUGCUUCCUGGUUAUAAUCAGGCUGCUUGUAAACUACUCCAUGGGAAGGCAGAAAUAGGAAGGAAGCUGUCAACCUCUGAGGGAGUAGGAAAGGGAACUUAUGGCGUGUCUCGAGCAGUCACCACCCAACAUCUCCUAUCUAUCAUAUCUUUGGCGAAUACCUUAAUGAGUAUGACCAACGCAACUUUCAUUGGUGAUCAUAUGAAGAAGGGCCCAGCCAGGCCACCUAGACCAAGCACCCCAGACCUUUCUAAGGCAAAGGGUUCCCCUCCAACUUCCAGUAAUAUUGUACAAGGACAGAUUAAACAAGGAUGGAGUCAGUUAGCUGCUAUGCAUUGUGUAAUGUUACCAGACCUGCUGGGACUGGAUAAAUUUAGGCCUCCACUUCUGGAGAUGCUGGCUCGAAGGUGGCAAGAUCGAUGCUUGGAGGUUAGAGAAGCUGCACAGGCUCUGCUUCUGGCCGAGCUGAGAAGAAUUGAGCAAGCAGGACGAAAGGAAGCCAUCGAUGCCUGGGCUCCUUAUUUACCUCAAUAUAUGGACCAUGUCAUAUCACCUGGAGUUACAGCAGAAGCCAUGCAGACCAUGACCACUGCUCCUGAUACCUUGGGACAGGAAACCAAAGUCCCAGAAGAAGAACAUGACCUUGUGGAUGAUGACAUCACCACUGGUUGUUUAUCAAGUGUCCCACAAAUGAAGAAAAUUUCUACAUCUUAUGAGGAAAGACGGAAACAAGCUACUGCGAUCGUUUUACUAGGCGUUAUAGGAGCUGAAUUUGGUGCUGAAAUUGAGCCUCCCAAACUGCUGACCAGGCCCCGGAGCUCUAGUCAGAUUCCUGAAGGAUUUGGUUUGACUAGUGGAGGAUCCAACUACUCACUGGCCAGGCAUACAUGCAAGGCCCUGACAUUUCUUCUGCUACAGCCUCCAAGCCCCAAACUUCCCCCACACAGCACCAUCCGGAGAACAGCCAUCGACCUGAUUGGGAGAGGAUUCACAGUGUGGGAGCCUUACAUGGAUGUGUCUGCUGUUCUCAUGGGACUGCUGGAGCUCUGCGCAGAUGCUGAGAAACAACUUGCCAACAUCACAAUGGGACUGCCUCUGAGCCCAGCAGCUGACUCCGCCCGCUCGGCCAGGCAUGCCCUCUCCCUCAUCGCCACUGCCAGACCACCCGCCUUCAUCACCACCAUUGCCAAAGAGGUCCAUAGACAUACAGCUCUUGCAGCAAAUACUCAAUCACAGCAGAAUAUACACACUACAACCCUUGCAAGAGCAAAAGGAGAAAUCCUGAGAGUUAUUGAAAUUCUUAUUGAAAAGAUGCCUACGGAUGUUGUGGAUCUUCUUGUGGAGGUUAUGGACAUCAUUAUGUACUGCCUUGAAGGAUCCUUAGUUAAGAAGAAAGGACUUCAAGAGUGUUUUCCAGCUAUCUGCAGGUUCUACAUGGUCAGCUAUUACGAGAGGAAUCACAGAAUAGCCGUUGGAGCGCGCCAUGGUUCAGUGGCCCUAUACGACAUCCGGACUGGAAAAUGUCAGACCAUCCAUGGACACAAGGGACCAAUCACUGCAGUGUCCUUUGCGCCUGAUGGACGAUAUCUUGCCACCUAUUCCAACACUGACAGCCACAUUUCUUUCUGGCAGAUGAACACGUCGCUCCUGGGAAGCAUCGGCAUGCUGAACUCGGCCCCGCAGCUGCGCUGCAUCAAAACCUACCAGGUGCCGCCCGUGCAGCCCGCGUCCCCCGGCUCGCACAACGCGCUCCGACUUGCCCGGCUCAUCUGGACCUCCAACCGCAACGUCAUCCUCAUGGCCCACGACGGCAAGGAGCACCGCUUCAUGGUCUAGUUCCUUCCCUGGGCCCCGGCCUGCCGCCCCCCUCCGGGCCGGGCCGGGCCGGGCCGGGCCGGGGCUGCUCACCUGUGCAUGCUUCUUGGGGAUCGA